CCAUAACGCGUUGCGGCAAGCCCGCUGCGCGUCCCCGUCUCCAUCACACUACUAGGUACCUAGGUUAGUAGUUAACUGUUAAUGACCUUAAUGUAUGGAUUUUAUAUGCUAGGUACCUAACUACGUACCUAGUUAUGCAAAUCCACAUGCCCCUCUGCCCUUUCCCUCUCACCGCAAUUGCAAUUGUCAUUUGCAAACACACACACGCACACACACACACACUGAUCGCCAGAAAAUCACGUUUUUUCUCUCUCUCUCUUUCUCUUUCUUUUUCUUUUUCUUCUACUUCUUUGCCAGCAAAUCCUAUUUCCACCUUUUCUCCAGUAAAUAACAAUUUUCCCUCAAAUUUUGAGAGAGAAACUUAAAAACCUACCUACACACACGGUAUUAUUUUGCACAGAGCAGCAGCAGCAGCAGCAGCAAAACUAUGACCGUAGAUAAAGCCGUCGUAACCUCACCACCAACCUCACCGCCUGCGAAAAGAGUCAAGACUACUCCCACCACCACUGAGCCUGAUACCACUACUACUACUACUACUACUACCACUGCUCCUCCCACUGAACAACCUCAACCCACCUCAACCACCACCAUGGCCACCACCUCCGCCUCCCCUCCCCCCCUGCUGAUCAAAAAGCUCGACCCAGCCGCCAAGCUGCCGACGCGGGGGAGCGCCUUCUCCGCGGGCUACGACCUGUACGCGUCCAAGGAGACGGUGAUCCCGGCGCGGGGCAAGGGGCUCGUGAAGACGGACCUGGCGAUCGCGGUGCCGGCGGGGACGUACGGGCGCGUGGCGCCGCGGUCCGGGCUCGCGAGCAAGCACUUCAUCGACACGGGCGCCGGCGUCGUCGACGCCGACUACCGCGGCCCCCUCAUGGUGCUGCUCUUCAACCACUCGGACGCCGACUUCCCCGUCGCCGCCGGCGACCGCAUCGCCCAGCUGGUCGUCGAGCGCAUCUGCACCCCCGAGGUCGUCGAGGUCCAGGAGCUGGACGAGAGCGUGAGGGGGGCCGGCGGGUUCGGGAGCACGGGCACGAACUGAACUAGGCCGUGGUCUUUGAAGGGGGAAGAACAACUCUCUCGAUGCUAUUUAACGACGACGACGGCGAUGAUGAUGACGACGGCGGGAGGAAAAGAAAUCCCCCCGCGAAGGGGGG